AUGACAAGUAAAGCACACAUGACUCGACAAUUAACGGAAUGGGUGAAGGCGAAAAGGGGGCUAACCGAUUAUUUUUCGACGUUUGUGUGAAGUGCGAGAAAAAUAUACCCAAAUUGAGACUGGGGAAGUCCCCGCGAGGAAAUCCCCUCUUCAUAAGAUCAUUCCGAAAUUGAGUGUGGCUCUCAAAGGCUGAAGCUCUCUGUCUUUAGUGUACAGCAGACGCCUGCCGAGCUUUUACGAUUGACGGGUAUAUAGUGCUUUAUGUACGACAGUCGUGUCUUUAGUUUUAAACCACAGUAUGGAUGAGAUGAAGAGGGAGAACGAGGCGCUCAGAGCGAAGCUGCGCAGCUGCUCUAAGCUCAACACGUUUUACCACGAAACGCAAGAAGAGAUUGAUCAUUUAAAUCAACUGUUAACAUCCAAAAACGGAAUUAUUGCCGAUUUGAGGGCAAGGCUGGGGAAGUAUGAGAAAACUGUGGUCAUGGAAGGAGAGGAGCCCUAUUUUGUUGGACCAUCGAAGUCUCUGAUCGAGAGUUUGUGUAAGGAAAUCUGCAAAUUAAAACAGAAACUUAAAGAGUCAGAGACGGACGCCGCCCUGAGACUGGAAACCAGUAAAGCUGAGAUCCAGCGGUUGCAAGAAAUGUUAAAAGAGAAAGAUCAAGAACUGCAGAUGAUCAGGCACAGGCCUGAGCAAGAGAAGGAGAGGGAGAUACAGCAACUUCGCUCCACUCUGGCCGACAAGGAUCGGGCACAGGCCACCAGGGCCGUCCUUUGCAAUUCCCUCGCUGAAGAAGCCGAGCAGUUGAGGGCCCAGCUCGGGGCCACGGUGCAGGUGUGUCAGGAGCUGUUGGGGCGACUGGAGAAAGAGAAAAGCAACAACACAGCGCCGGAUCAGAGAGCUCAAGUUAAUGAGACAACAGUUUCCUCAGAGGUUUCUCAUCUAAACAUCAUUAUCGGCAAGUUACAAGAGGAGAACGACCAACUUAAAAAAAGAGUUGCAUAUGUGGAAAGUUUAAACUCAAAGUGGCAGAAAUACGACUCGAGUAGAGAAGAGUAUGUGAGGGCUUUGUGUCAGAAGUUGAAAGAAUCAAACGGCCUGGCAUCUUCAGGUCCCAACCUCGCCCAGACGUCAGCAGCGGGGGGCACCAAUCUGUUCCAGCAGGAGAUCGCCCGACUCAACGGCCUCCUGGAGGAGAAGAUGAUGGAGUGUGAGAGACACACCAGAGAAAAGGAUGACAAUACCAGAAGAGACCAGGAGCGCAUUCAGAUGCUCGAGCAACAGGUACUGGCCUAUAUUGAGGACUUCAAAUCGGAGCGAGCAGACAGAGAGCGGGCCCAAGGGAAAAUCCUGGACCUUCAAGACCAAGUUGCGCAACUUCAAGUACAAAUACGCAAACAAAGCACCCACGAAGCCUUGUCCUCGCGGCGAACUCACGCGGGACUAAAAAAAGCCCCUCACCGACCCACAGACGUCGCCGAACCGUUGUUAAGGAACAGUCCCCCGGACACAACCUCUAAAAGGACUAUAAGUAACACUGCCCCACAGGGAGCAUCUGAACUGCAGUGCCCUCGAUGUCUUACCACAUACGAUGAUGAGCACACGGCCGAAUACCUGAAUCACUGGGACGAGUGCGCCAAGCUGUGAGUCUCUCACCUCACUGACUUUUCACAGGACAAGCACUGAGGACAGAAUCACUACAAACUCACUGACUAUGGGAGGUGUGACAGAAAGUGUGUUGGAAAACGCUGGAGAAAGACCUUUGUUGCUUUUUCGGCUUGACUUCAGUUGUGGACUCGAUUCGGAAUUAGGGUUUAGGAAUUCCCAGUUUGGGGCUUACGCACAUGGCUUUCAUUGGUGUGAAGAGUAAAAAAUGCUCAAUUCAAUCAACCUCAGACCAUUCACAUUGUAAUGGCGUGUGGUUUAUUGCUGUCAUGCGUUCAAGAGCGACGCAGUUUGUCUAAGCAUGGUACAGUUUCGUUUUUUAAAUGUGUUACUAUUGCAGAUCUGUGUUUAAUUCAGAUGAAUCCUUGGUAUCAUAUACCUCAAUAUGUGUUAUCUUUAUCAACUGGUUUGCACUUUUUGCUUUUUUAAUUAUUGCCGAAUACAGAAGAUAAAAGCACAUGGCUUUUAUAUUUGAUACAUAAGCUUCUUAACUAACAGACUGUAAAAUAUUAUUCAGACAUUUAUUGUCAUGGUGCUAUUAGUAAUGUACAGUGUAUUGUAAUUCAUCUGUAUUAUUUGUAGGUAUAUUCCUAUUUUUUGAUUUAAAUAACUUAAAUUUUACCAGGAAAUAGAGAGCAGGACAGCACACACUAUAAAUAAUGUUCUGAUAUCUUGAUAUAUACAGUAUAUAUAUAUAUGACAGGUUAAUUUUCCUAAUGUAAAUGUUCUUUAUGGUUCUGUUAUAAAACAUGAUUACUUUCUUAGACUUCAAGGCACCUUUUGAGUGUGCGGUACUUGCCAUUUGAUCCCCCUCUGCAAUUGAAAACAUUCUAGUUUUAAGUAAGAGAGGAAGUUCCCUACAUCCUGGUACACUGACGUACACACUUCUCAGUCUCAGACGCCGUCUAACAAAAUGGCUGAUGAGUUUAAACACUUAUGGGGAUAAAAAAGAAAUAGGCAAAUAUCAAAAAUAUCGACUUUUCAGAAAAGGUGCCAAAUUAAGACAUAAAAGCAUUUAUUUUUGUAAUAAAAUAAUAUUUGCAUAAU